GUUUUACUUUCCAAUAUACACUCUGUUUUCAAAUUAAUCCAUUUACAAAAAUUAAAUUGCCUGAAAUUCCCUGAUUUAGUCUUCCUUUGACAUUUAAUUUGCCAUCUCUUAAUUAGCUUUUAAGGUGCUCGUAUCCUUAAUCUCCUCGAUUGCUAUCUCCUUCUUCCAGCAUUAAUCGGAUAUAUGGCUAGUAGAGAGUCAAUAAGGACGGUUGUUGGGAUUAUUGGAAACGUUAUAUCAUUCUUCCUCUUUCUAUCCCCAGUGCCAACGUUCAUUAAAAUAUGGAAAGCAAAGACGGUGAUGCAAUUCAGACCAGACCCAUAUGUUGUAACUGUGUUAAAUUGUGCAGUUUGGGUAUUUUAUGGAAUGCCUUUUGUUCAUCCAGAUAGUCUUCUUGUCAUCACUAUUAAUGGCAUCGGUCUCGUUAUUGAAUUAAUUUACGUUUCCGUCUUCUUUAUCUAUGCCGACUGGCCAAAGCGUAAGAGGAUUAUUAUUGUUUUGAUAGCUGAAUUAAUCCUUUUGGCGAUCGUCAUUUUCGUUACGCUUACUUUCCUUCAUGACACCACGACCAGAUCUAUGCUCGUCGGUAUAUUGGCUGUCAUUAUGAAUAUUCUUAUGUAUGCUUCGCCCCUCACUGUCAUGCGUCGAGUCAUCAGCACCAAGAGUGUGAAAUACAUGCCAUUUUACCUGUCACUUGCAAACUUUGCCAAUGGAUGUGUUUGGUUCGCGUAUGCCUUCCUCAAAUUUGAUCCUUACAUCCUGGUACCCAAUGGUCUGGGAGCCUUAUCUGGAGCAGUUCAGCUCAUCCUUUAUGCAACAUAUUACAAAUCCACCAACUGGGACGAUGAUGGAAAGUCGAGUGAAAUUGAACUUCCAAGGAAUCCCACAGCCUAAUUCACUAAAAUAUUGUCACAGUGGCUAUGUUGGAGAUACACUCUCCACUGACCCCCAAAAUAAGAAGGAAAAAAAAAUUAAUUCUAGAUCAGUUUAAUUUAGAAUUUAAAUUAGAUGCACCGGUAGUUUUUUUUUUUUUUUUUUUUUUUUUUUUUAUAAGACCAGCUUGAUUUAACACGUUAUGGCAAGUCACUUACCAUUUUUAUGUAGGUUGCCGGUCAAGGCUUAUUAGAGAGAGUUAUCCUAACUCCCAAUGUAACUGCAGUUUAAGCUACUUACUUGAUUGUGUAAAUAUUUUCUUUCACUAUUAGUGCAUAGAUUUUAUCUUUUCAAUAUAGCCACUUAUUU